AUGAUGAUCCCGUCGCGGCUUUGUGGCCUCGUGUUCGGCCUCGUCAGCGUUACUUCUGCCACGAAUGUCAUCCACUACCCUCCCAAACUCACCAAUCUUAACAACCUCACCUUUGUCCUAAACGGAACUGGCGCACCAGGGAUAUUCAACUCGUCCAUAACGCCUGACUCGGAGUAUGGAAUUUACAACUGGUGUAAUAUGCCCCAUGUUCGGACUGAAGAGUACCUGGCCCCAUCGUCAAAUUAUACGCUCAAGUACAUCGAGGUUAUCCAGAGACAUCACAAACGCACUCCUUACGCGUCGAAUACGUUUUUCAAAGAGGAUAUAACCUGGGAUUGCACUGGGGAAGGUCCGGUUUAUUAUGGCAAAGGAACAGUGGGCGUUACGAGUGACCCAACUGUAGUCCAGUGGUCUGCUUAUACGAACCCGGAAAAUCCAUUCACGAAUAGUGUCGGUCCCGGAUUUGUUGGAAGCAACUGUGCUUUCCCGCAAAUAACUACUGGCGGUAUUAACGACUCCUACACUCAUGGAGCAGACUUACGUUCGGUGUACGCGGAACGGUUGAAUCUUUCCACCGUUCUCGAUCCUAGUACAUUUAAAAUCCGCGUAACAUCCAAUCCUAUCACUUCCCAAGUUUCUGGUGGGCUACUUCAUGGACUUUUCCCCGACUCUUCCGACGUCGCCGUUCUCAUCCAGGCAGACGCGUUCGAUUCACUGUCAGCAUCUUACAGUUGUCCUGCGGCAGACUCUAUCUUCACUGCGUAUACCACAGGCAGCUCCAAUUGGACAGAACAUCUAGUAGAUGGUGCUGAACUUUACGAAGAACUGGAUGCCGUGUCGGGUACUGCUGAGAACGACACUGCGGGGUGGCAUACGAGUUUUGACCACUACUAUGACAACCUCUCCGCAAAACAGUGUGACGCCAAGCCCUUACCAUGCAGUGUCAACGACACAUCUUCCUGCGUAAACCAGACUCUUGCCGACACCGUUUUCCGUCUCGGCAACUACGAGUACUCCUACUACUACCGCGACGCAUUCAACUCGACGCUUUUCAGUGCACUGAGCUAUGGCGCCUGGGUUUUAGAGUUGGUUGGCCACUUCAAGGAGCAGAUAGCGGGAACGAGCGGAGUUAGAUAUUUCCAUAACGUCGCCCACGAUGAUUCGUUGGGUCCAUUGCUGGGCAUUCUGCAGAUUUCGGAAAUGGUCUGGCCUGGAAUGGGCUCCGAAAUCGUCUUCGAACUUUACGAGGCAGACUCAUUACUCUCCAAUGCCACCGCUUCCACUUCAAACUUCUUUCUCCGUGUGCUCUGGGGCGGUCAACCAAUGCAGACGUCUCUGCCCUUGGGCACGAACAAUAGCGGAUUGCUGGACAUGAUUCCCGUGGAGGACUUCUUUGAUUAUGUCAACAACACGAUCGGUGCCGGUUCAGAGUUGUUUGCUGCUUGUCAAAACUAGAUUGAUUGUAUAAGAGUAUAUUAGCUAAAAAUACAAGGUGGUGUUGAGCAAUGCUGUAAGAAUAUUGUGACUGUGUAGCAGGAUGAAUGAUAAGUGAUACAGAGUCAAACCGGGGGUUUCUGCUGUGAAAGGUGAUGAAGAAACAAAAACCAAUUCGAAGCUUAUGCAAUCAUCAGUAACUUUGAUACAACGACGGCAUACGGGGACUUCGAUCUGAUGACACUGUAGAGACCAAAGUUUUUUGUAGUAUGUAUACGCGAUUGUGCGUGAAUAGGG